AUGUCGUCAAUUAAAAAACUCUCCCUCAUAAAUGCGGUUCUUGCAAAAAAAACCUAUAGUAAUAUGAAAAUGGCUGAGAAGUGCUUAACCUUAUGCCUGAAAAAUCAGUUGGAAAAUAUGAGAAAUGCACACUUGUCUGCAACUCCUUUGCUUUCGAUGCCUAGCCAGUCUGUUUCAGCUGCGAUUCCAGGCUUGAUGCUUAAAGAAAAUACAAGCACAAUUAGUCAUGAAAGUACUGAUGGUAAUAACAACACUGACCUCAAUGAUCCCAUGUGUGAUAUCAAAUGUGAUAGUGAAAUUGAAAGUAGCACCUCUCCAUUGGUUUUCGAUUUUAGCCAGCCUUCUUCUGUCCCGAGCAACAAUAAUGCAAAGAACUUGGAGUUUAUGAAAAUCAUCAAUGACUUUGACAUUUCCUGUCAAGCUCAUGAGAAGCUUGCUGUGCAUCUCAACAGCAUUCUAGGGAUGUCAACUGAGAUAACAUACAGAGUGUGUAUAUCAUACCUGGGCAAGAAGCUCUUGAAGCGUUUUUCUAGCAUAGAGAAAACAGUAUACGACGUCUGCCAAAAUAGAUAUAUGAUGUUUAAUGAUACAGAGGAGGUUGCUUGCAAGCAUUGUGGUGAAGCUCACUACAAAAGUGACAAAACUGAUAAGGACAGUAUACUCAUUGCCAAGAAAACCAUGGUCCAGAUUCCUUUGGCCAGGCAAAUUGCCCUUUCUUUGGCCAACAAUGGUACCAGACAUGAGAUGCUAUACCAUCACAAUCACGAGCAAAAGGCAGAUGCAGCAAGGCAGACAUCUUUGAUGGGCAUGCAUAUCAAUCAAUCAAACACAUUUUCUCUAAAAAGCCGGAUGCUACAAAUUGCAAUGAUUCCAGGUCCUUCCACACCACUUGACUUCUGGUCAUUUUUGAAGCCAACCUUGGCAGAUCUCAAGGUACUCCAAGAGGAAGGAAUGGUUGUCAUAACCCCAACUCUCACCAUCCAUGCAAAGGUCCAUGUUCUUGUUGUAACUGGUGAUAUUCUGGCAGUGGCGAGGCUGGCAUGUCAUGCUGGCCUGCUCUUUUUUGCCCUUGACGAGAUGCAUGGCCUUUGCCAUGGAAUAGGCAAACAGGUCUGGGGGCUUAUUGGUGGAAAGUAUGAGAUUAAACAAUCUCUGUUUCUUCCUGCCAAUGUACUCAAGGAAAUCGGAGUGGCAAUGACAGCAACAAGAAAAACAGUUCUAACAGCAUUUCAUGGCUCUUGA